AUGUGUGCUGCUUCCGAAUUCGGCUACUCAUUAUAUGGUGCAUUUUUGCUGCAUCCCAUUGAGUGUCUUAUUCCCGCCAAGGUAUCAACUUCCGAGUUUCUAUCCCUAGGACUCUGUCACAUAUCCCUAUUACAGAUGGCAACCUCAUUGGUCGAGCCGCAUUGCACAACAUGUGCUGCAGACACUGGUGUUUACGUGGGGAUGUCAAGCGUAGUCGCUGGGCGUCAAUUGGCAUCUAAUAAAGAGUCGGGUGUGAUCAACGGUAGCUCAGUGAACGCAGCAGCAUUGUCUGCGGCGUCAGGACGUAUCUCAUACCACAAUGCUCUCACCGGCCCCUGUUUAGUCACUGAUACAGCAUGCUCGUCGACACUUGUUGCCACCGACCUGGCGACUGCCUGGAUGGUUACUCGUGAGGUGAAGGUGGCUAUUGCUUCCUCCUUGGGAAUGGCACCAAACGGAUCAUCGCAGCGCCGCCUCUUGGCAGCUGUGUGCGAAUACGCAAGGAGCUCUGUUCUAGAAGCUCAUGGAACAGGAACGGCGCUCGGGGACCCGAUUGAAGUCGGUGCAGCGAUCGGAGCUAAACCUGCACUUGCUAUCAAUUCUAUCACCUUUGUUUCAAAUGCCGAUCGAGACCUCAGCCCACCUGUUUGUUCUUUCCAUGACCGAUUGCCAGGGAAGAUCAUAGAUGUGUUACUCGCAGACCAACUAGUCGUCAGCGAUGUCAAGUGUAAAAGACUCAAAUCUUCCGAACAUGACCAAGGAUAUCGUCCACACUUGCGUUGGUUGAGACCGCAUUAUACUUGUUCUGCAUUCCUGGAUGGCUCUAUAAAGCUGUGUGUGGCUAUCUGGCCAACGCUCUCCAAGCAAGCGCCUUCUUCAGCCUCGUAA